AUGGCUAAGGCAAAUGGGGAGUCAAAUGGAACAUCUUCUUCGCAUUCAGAAACAGCUUUUAAUAAAGAUUCUGAAGAAGCUUCUGAAAAUGCUUCAGAAAAUAAACCUUCUGAAAAAGCUUCAGAAAAAAAUGCUUCUGCUCCUUCUCCAUCUAAACCACCAUCCGAUGACUCAAAUCCUCCAGAAAAAGCACCAUCAAAGUCUCCACCUCCGCAUCGUUCUCCACCACCUUCUCCAUCACCACCACCUCCGGAAGCGCAAACUCCACCGAAAGCUCCACCUGAAGCGCAAUCUCCACCGGAAGCUCCACCUGAAGCGCAAACUCCACCGGAAGCUCCACCUGAAGCGCAAACUCCACCGGAAGCUCCAGAUUCUUCGUCACCUCCAUCAAAAGUUUCACCUCCUCCACCUUCUCAGUCAUCACCGCCUCAAUCGUCACCGCCUCCAACACCAAUAUCACCGCCACCAGCUCCAUCAUUUUCACCACCACCACCGCCCGACGAUAAUUCUCCCACUCCACCACAAUCUAAGUCCCCUCCUCGACCUCCUCAAGCUCCAUCCUUACCUUCCCCCUCUUCCAAAUUUAGUCCCCCACCACUGUACAGCCAUCCUUCGCCGCCGCAAUCACAGUCGGUUUCCCCAAGCUCCCAUUUAAGACCAAGCUCUUCUCCUCCCAGAAGCAAAUCUCAAUCAAAACAAAACUUCUUCAAUGCUAAUCAAGCACAAUACAUUGGUCUUACUCUCGCAGCAGUUUUGGUUCUCGCGUUUAUUGCCGUCAUUCUUUGUCUAGUAUUAAAAAGGAAAGAGAAACGAGGGAAUGUCUAUGCUAUGCCACCCCCCAAGAAAUCUCAAAUGAAAGGAGAUGUGCAUUACUAUGUAGAGUCACCAGGUUUUGGUUAUAGUAAUAGGAACCAUUUAGUUGCAAUGCAAUAUUUGAGAUCUCCUUCAGACCCAACACAACAACAACAAAUGAAUACUGGCCAAACUUUGUUUAGUUAUGAACAGAUUGUGGAAAUUACUAAUGAGUUUUCAAGCGAAAAUGUGAUAGGAGAAGGGGGUUUUGGGCGUGUUUACAAGGCUUCAAUGUAUGAUGGUAGAGUUGGAGCGGUUAAGUUAUUGAAGGUCGGUAGUGGUCAAGGAGAGAGGGAGUUCAGAGCAGAGGUUGAUAUUAUUAGCCGUGUUCAUCAUCGACAUUUGGUAUCGCUGAUUGGGUAUUGUUUAUCUGAGCAACAAAGAGUUCUCAUUUAUGAGUUUGUCCCUAAUGGGAAUCUUGAUCAACAUUUGCAUGGAAGUGAAUGGAAUGUUUUGGAUUGGUCCAAAAGGAUGAAGAUAGCAAUUGGUGCUGCAAGGGGCCUAGCAUAUUUACACGAAGGCUGUAACCCAAAGAUUAUUCACAGAGAUAUUAAGUCGUCGAAUAUACUGUUGGAUAAUGCUUAUGAGGCACAAGUUGCAGACUUUGGACUUGCCCGACUAACCGAUGAUGCUAAUACUCAUGUAUCAACUAGGGUGAUGGGUACUUUUGGCUAUAUGGCUCCAGAGUAUGCAACUAGUGGAAAACUAACGGAUAGAUCAGAUGUUUUCUCAUUUGGAGUUGUUCUUCUUGAGCUCAUAACGGGAAGGAAACCUGUUGAUGCAACACAACCCGUGGGGGAUGAGAGUUUGGUCGAGUGGGCUCGUCCACUUCUCCUUCGUGCAAUCAAGACAGGUGAUUUUAGUGAACUAGCAGACCCAAGGCUUCAACGACAAUACGUCGACAGUGAAAUGUUUCGAAUGAUCGAGGCAGCUGCAGCAUGUGUUCGUCAUUCUGCCCCAAAACGACCGCGAAUGGUUCAGAUUGCAAGAGCCUUGGACAGUGGAGACCAACUAUAUGAUCUAUCAAAUGGAGUGAAAUAUGGACAGAGCACAAUUUAUGAUUCUGGACAGUAUAAUGAAGACCUUAUGAGAUUCAAAAGAAUGGCUAAUGGAAGUUUUGAUGAGUCUGAAUUCGAUAUGUAUAGCUCGGAAUACAGUUCAAGAGGUGGGUCUUCAUGGGUCCCACAUACUCCAGGUGGUGAUUCGCAAAUUAAACCUGUCCAAGAAUAA